AUGAAACGUCGUAAUUUGUUCGGUUUGGUUCGUGUCCGAAGCGAUGAUGAUGACUCGUAUUCUCAAAAUGGCAGUAGCAGUGCUACAACAGCAGAUCAAUCGCAAAAUAUUAAUAAAAAAAAUGAUAUACAGAUAGAUGUUACAUCAUAUACAAGAGAUAAAUAUGAUGAUAUUAAUAAAAAUGGUAGUGAUGGUGAAACACCAGACUCAAUUGAUUUAGAAAAAUCAGAUUUAGAACCUACAGAACAAGUCUUACAACAAGGUUUAAGUUCAAGAGCAGUUCAAUUUAUUGCUUUAGGUGGUGCUAUUGGUACUGGUCUUUUUGUUGGUACAAGUUCAGGUUUAACUCAAUGUGGUCCAGCAGGUUUAUUAACUUCUUAUAUUAUUAUGGCAUCUGUUCUUUAUCCUAUUAUGAAUGCAUUUGGUGAAAUGGUAUGUUAUUUACCAGGUGGUAGAGGUAGAAGUUCUCAAGGUUCCGCAGCUUAUUUAGUAGCUAAAUAUGUCGAUAGAUCCCUUGGCUUUGCAACAAGUUGGAAUUAUUAUUAUUGUUAUGCAAUUUUAGGUGCUGCUGAAUGUACCGCUGCCGCUGGGGUUGUCGAAUAUUGGACUACUAAGAUUCCAAAAGCUGGUUUGAUUUCUAUAUAUAUCUUCGUCAUUGUGUUAUUAAAUUUCGGUCCAGUGAAAAUAUAUGGUGAAACAGAAUUUUGGUUUGCAAUUACUAAAAUUGUUUGUAUUCUUGGUUUAAUCAUCUUAUGUUUCGUCUUAUUUUGGGGUGGUGGUCCUAAACAUGAUAGAUUGGGAUUCCGUUAUUGGAAAGGUGAUUUAGCAUUUGCUAAUCAUUCCGCUCCAGGAAAUACAGGUAGAUUUUUAGAUGUUUAUACCGGUAUCAUUAAAGCAGGUUUCGCUUAUAUCUUAGGUCCAGAAUUGGUCUCCUUAACAAGUUCUGAAUGUCAAGAUCAAAGAAGAAAUAUUGCGAAGGCCUCCAAAAGAUUUGUUUACCGUUUAAUUAUUUUUUACUGUUUUAGUGUCUUAGGUAUUAGUGUGAUUGUAUCUCGUAAAGAUCCAACUUUAUUGACUGCGCUAAGUGCUAAUAAAGCAGGUGCUGCAUCCUCACCUUUUGUCAUUGGGAUUAUUAAUGCAGGGAUCCCAGUUUUGCCUCAUAUUAUUAAUGCAUGUAUUAUGUUAAGUGCUUGGUCUGCAGGUAACGCAUACAUGUUCGCUGCCUCUAGAUCCUUAUUGACCAUGGCAAAUGAAGAAGGUGCUCCAAAGAUCUUUGGUAGAAUCAAUAGAUUAGGGACCCCGUAUGUUGCCGUCGGGUUCACUACUUUAUGGUUUUGUCUGGCUUAUCUAAAUGUUAGCUCUUCUUCUGCAGAUGUCUUUGCUUGGUUAUCCAAUAUCAGUACUAUCUCUGGUUUUAUCGGUUGGGGGGUCUCUUGUAUUGCUUAUUUGAGAUUCCGCAAAGCUAUUUUCUAUAAUGGUCUCUACGAUAGAUUACCAUUCAAGGGACCAUUGAUGCCGUAUGCUAUUUGGUAUGCUUUGGCAUGGGUUAUAAUCUUAUCCUUAACUAAUGGUUAUCAGACAUUCAUGCACGGUUAUUGGAGUGUCUCUGAUUUCAUUGCAGCUUAUAUUACAUUGCCUGUCUUUUUCACAUUAUUAAUUGGACAUAAACUAUAUACCAGAACAUUCUUCACAUGGAAAUGGUAUAAACCAGUGGAACAAAUUGACGUUAUUACUGGGCUUGACGAAAUUGAAGAAAUUACAAAAGAAAUCGAUGAAAACAGAGUUCCACCUUCUUCAAUAUGGGAAAAAUUUAUCGACUGGCUUGUUUAA